AAAGAGAACGACCAGCUUCGGCUGGAAAAGACUGAGGAAAAUCGUUGUGGAAUGAAAGCCUUGUAUCAUCAAGUGGAUGAAAAGUAUAAUAAGGCGUUGAAGCGUUUGCGUGUUUUGGAAGCGGAAGUGGCAAAACGCGAUAGUAGCUCGGAUAGUGAAGGGAGACUGUGCCGUGAGCUGAAAGAUUUGAAGGUGGAGAACAAGCAACUUCGUUUACUCAAGGAUAUGAAGGAGAAGAGCGAUAAGAAACUGCGGAAGGCUGAGGCUCGAGCCAUAAAAAGCGAAAAAAGUUUUGAGAGGUUGCAAGGCGAGUUUGACCAACUACAGGAAGCGUAUAAAAAGUCGUUGAGCAGUUUGUCGGACGUAAAGGCGGAACUUGAAAAAUGCAUGCGUGAACAUUCGGAUAAAGAAGAGAUGUUAAACUGUGAAUUAGAAGAUUUAGAGAAGGGAAAUGAAGAGGAUUUUGUGAAAGGGGCUGCAAAUGAUCAUAACUUUUCUGAUUCUCAAGGCAUUGAUGUUUACGUUGAAGGAUCUUCUUACAAAUGCUGCAUUUCUUAA